UAUCAGGUGGCCGCUGAGUCUGAAUUCCUGCCGCGCGAUCUGCGUGUGCAUCGGCGACGUCAGGUCCUGUCUUGAUAUAUGUCAUCUCCGAAGUCUCCGUUCCAUCCCAACAGCCAUGUUCGCUCUCCUCUCCCGUCUCUACAAGAUGUUCUAUCCACCUGUGGUACCCAAGGCGGCUGAGCCGAUCCGCUUUGGCAUCCUAGGUGCAGCUGCGAUCACUCCCCCUGCGCUCGUGCUGCCUGCCAAGAGCCAUCCAGAGGUCAUCCUGAAGGGUGUCGCAGCCCGCGACCGCGGCCGCGCAGAGGAGUUCGCGCGCGAGCAUGGUGUAGAGAAGGUGUACGAUUCGUAUGAGGACCUCCUCAACGACCCAGAAAUCGACGCCAUCUACAACCCCCUGCCAAAUGGGCUGCACUAUGAGUGGACGAUGCGCGCACUCGCAGCGGGCAAGCACGUCCUGUGUGAGAAGCCCAUGGCAGACACAGCGGAGGAGGUCCGGGAAAUGUUCGCGCUCGCGGAGCAGAAGAAGCUUAUCCUCCUUGAAGCAUUCCAUUACCGCUUUCACCCCGCGACUCAAAAAGCCAAAUCCAUCCUCGAGAGCGGCGAGCUCGGCGCCGUUCAGUCCGCGGAGGUCUACAUCGAGGUGCCCCCCGGCCUCAUCAGCGACCCCAAGGACAUCCGCUUUAGCUACGCCCUCGGCGGCGGCGUCAUGAUGGACGUCGGCUGCUACGCCAUGAACGUCCUCCGCUUCCUCACCGGCGCAGAGCCCACCGCCGUCCUCGCUGCCGCGCACGAGCCGCCCCCCUUCCCCGUUGACGCCAACAUCGACCACCGCUCGACCGCCGCGCUUGCGUUCCCGCGCGAUGUCACCGGGUCGCUCUCCGUUGACUUCGGGCGGCGAAAGGUGUGGGGUGUUAUCCCGCCCCUCCCGAACAUCCGUGCAAUCGUGCGUUGCGCGGGCGGCGAGCUUGAGCUCGUGAACUUCGUUUUCCCUACGGUGUGGCAUUAUAUUCAGGUCAGGCCCAAAGUGGGUGCCGAGCGCACGGAGAAGGCGUAUACGUAUAAGGAGGCGGGAAUGGAGGGCAAAGGCGAGGACUGGUGGUUGACCUAUAGGUAUCAACUAGAGGCGUUUGUGGAUGCGCUGAAGGGGAGGAAGCCGGCACACUGGAUCAGCAAGGAGGAUUCGAUUUCGAAUCUGACGUGGAUCGAAGAGGUGUAUAAGAAGACAGGGUAUGGCCCUCGCCCUCGUAGUGAGUUCAAGUUGGCUGCCUAGAUCACUUUUUCCUUGCCUUGUGACAUUAUCAGCUGGCGUUGUACUAUAUAACAAAUUGUAUUCGGACUACAGCAAGUCGAUCUUCCCUGGCGAACAUGGAGAGCCCGGACCAGUGACAUGG